AUGUCACCAGGACCACACAGGUCUGUAAGGACCAUCUCCUCUAACACCUCCAGCUCCUCCUCAAGUGAGGAACUGGAGUUGGGAACAGGAGCAGUGGUGAUUGAUAUGGGCACGAGAAGCCGUAAAGCAGGGUUUUCUGGACAACAGACACCUAUAGCCAAAAUCAACACCCAUGGCAUAGCCCCCAGGGUGGGGAGAAGACAGGUCCGAGGAGAGGAAGCUUUGCUUUACCCUGACACUGAAAUUAUGGAGCCAAUGCAGAACAGCAUCAUCAUCAGUUGGGAAGCGUCCAAAACUCUGUGGCAGCAUCUGUUUGACCAUGAGCUUCAGGUCCCCCCUAAGGGGUAUGCACUGCUCAUCACUGAGCCCCUGCUCAGCCCCAUCACCCACCGAGAGAAGAUGGUGGAGGCAGUGUUCGAGUCACUGGGCUCCCCCAGCCUCUUGUGCUCACCAGCCUGUCCUCUCCACCUACGCCCAUGGCAGAACCAGCGGUCUGCCGCACCAGUCCAUGAGGGCUACAGCUUGGCAUAUGCCACCGAGAGGCUAGACCUGGUAGGGUCAUGUCUCUCCUGGUACCUGAUGACACUUUUGGGGGACAUGGGGUACAUGCUCAGCAACAAGAUGGCCCAUAUGGUGGAAGACAUCAAGCACAAGUGCUGCUAUGUUGCUUCCAACUUUAAGAGCGAGUGCCAG